AUGGAAAACAAUGUUAUUAUUGAAAAAGCAGAAGAUACUUCCACUUCAGCUUUGAUCGUUGACAAAGAUGACUGGAAGUGGCCAUGCUUUGAUGAAUGGUAUGAUAAUUAUUAUGGCAAAAUGGAACGCAGGGUAAAGGUUGAAAGUAUCAAUAUCAAUCCCUUCGUGGUCAUAUAUCCGCGUGGUGAUAAAUCGUACGUUGAAGUGAGUUCUCCAAAAUUGAUAGAAAUUUUGAGAGAUAUACUUCCGAAUAAGAAGCCAUUUGACGAUAUUGACGAUGAUAAACCAAAAGUAGCGUUAAAGGCUCAAGAUUUAUUUCUUGUAAUGGAGAAACUGAAAGAUGCUGUUGAUAACAUGACCGAUCUGGAGAGUAGUAUCCACCUGAAACGUCUGGUUCGAUUUCUUGAACAAGAAUUUAAACAAACGAUAAAGGCUCGUGAAGUAAUGAUUGCACAUAAAAAAGUUUCGUAUGAAAUGUUAUGGGUGUUCUAUACUGAAAAAUUGGAA